AUGCACAGUACGAAGAGUGGCUUACCGUUUGGUCGGGGGAACUUUACUACGGGGAGAAGUUAUGUUCCAUGGAAGCCGGUCAGAAAUUGGUGGUCUACGCCGGAUGUGAACCCGCAGAAGCUCCAGAUCGAUGGUUUCCAUUCUUCAAAAUCUUUCCUUUCACUCUUACGCGUUGUGAAGUCUAAGCAAAGACUCUCUCAAUUCUUGAUUUGUUUGCAUUCUAUUGAAUUUUUGAGAUAUAGGAAAAAGGUUCAGGAUAAGUUUGAAGAACUACGGCUUCUUGCAGUAUUGAGUGAUAUAGAGAUGAACAUUUCUGCUCUGUUGACUUCUUCUGGUAUCAAUACUGCAGUGUGUGUGGUGCUGUUUUCCGUGUAUUCCAUUUUAAGAAAACAACCAAGCCUAGUGAGUGUGUACUUCGGGCAAAAACUUUCUCAGGUGAGGUCAAAACGCAAUGAUCCACUUUGGUUUCAGAGAUUUAUUCCUUCUGCUAGUUGGAUAGUAAAAUCAUGGGAAGCAUCAGAGGAAGAAUUAUUUGCCACUGGGGGUCUGGACGCUGUUGUCUUUCUCCGGGCGGUUGUGUUCAGUGUCCGAGUAUUCUCAGUUGCUGCUGUUAUGUGCUUGUUUCUUGUGCUUCCACUUAAUUAUUUUGGGAAAGAGAUGGAGCAUAAACAUAUUCGAGAUGAGCAGUUGAGCGUGUUCACCAUUGAGAAUGUCAAGGAAGGGUCAAGAUGGCUUUGGGCUCACUGUCUUGCAUUAUAUGUCAUAUCUUCCUGUGCUUGUAUUCUUCUUUACUUCGAAUACAAAAGCAUCACAAAAAUGAGAUUGGCAUAUAUUACAGCAUCUCAUUCCCAACCAAGUCACUUUACUGUACUUGUUCGUGCCAUACCAUGGUCUCGAGAAGAAUCGUACAGUGUCAGGGUUGCUAAAUUCUUUACAGAUUACUACUCAUCAAGCUAUUUGUUGCAUCAAAUGAUUUAUCAGUCCGGUACAGUGCAGAAAUUGAUGACAGAUGCCAAGAAGAUUUGCAAUAUGCUCAAGUCCAACACCACGGAACAACAUUAUGGAUCUCGAUUGUUAAGAUGUGGCUUUUGUGGAGGAACUUCAACAUCUUUUAAGAUCCUUUCUCCUGAGCCUGAAAAUGUUAGGACUACAAGCUGCCCUGACAGUCCAGAUUUGGGGAAGAAGGAGUGCGGAGCUGCUUUGGUUUUUUUCAGGACUCGUUAUGCUGCUUUGGUUGCUUCAGAGGCACUUCAACAACCUAAUCCAAUGUCAUGGGUGACAGACUUGGCUCCGGAACCAAGCGAUAUCUAUUGGUCAAACCUAUAUGUACCAUAUCGAAUCUUUUGGAUCCGUAAGAUUGCCAUACUUGUGGCCUUUAUUCUGUUCGUGACUUUCUUCCUUAUCCCUGUGGUGUUCACGCAAAGUCUUGUUCAUCUCGAUAAGCUGGUGAAAGUAUUUCCCUUUAUGAAGGGCAUUACAGAGAGGAAAUUUAUGAAACAACUAAUAUCUGGAUAUCUACCAAGCGUAAUACUCAUGAUCUUUUUGUCCAUUGUCCCACCAAUUAUGAUGGUCUUUUCAACAUUGGAGGGCUCAAUAUCUCGUAGUGGCAGGAAAAGAAGUUCAUGCAUUAAAGUCCUCUACUUUAUAAUUUGGAACGUAUUCUUUGCUAAUAUUUUAACGGAUGCAGCUAUUGACCAUUAUCAAGAUUCAAUCAUGAAAUUGGGAGAUCCAAAAACCAUACCUAACCAGCUUGCCAAAGCAGUACCAUCAACGGCUACCUUCUUUGUAACUUAUGUUCUCACAUCAGGCUGGGCUAGCUUGUCCUGUGAAUUGAUUCAGCCAUUUCCUCUUCUUUGCAACUCAUUUUAUAGAUUUAUUCUUAGAAACAAGGAUGAUACAAGUUAUGGAUCUUGUACCUUUCCAUACCACACAGAAGUUCCAAGAGUCCUCCUCUUCGGACUUUUGGGUUUCACUUGUUCAGUGUUGGCUCCUUUGAUAUUGCCCUUCUUGCUGGUUUACUUUUUCCUUGCCUAUCUGGUGUACCGUAAUCAGAUACUUGAUGUAUAUGUCACAAGAUAUCAGAGUGGGGGACUAUAUUGGCCUAUCAUACACAAUACAACAAUAUUUUCAUUGGUACUGACACAAAUAAUAGCAUUGGGAGUUUUUGGAAUAAAACAUUCGCCGAUUGCAUCAAGUUUCACCAUUCCACUGAUUAUAUGCACACUCCUGUUCAACGAGUAUUGCAGGCAACGGUUUCACCCGGUAUUUAAGAAGACGCCUGCAAAGACAAUUAUUGAUAUGGAUCGGGAAGAUGAACACUAUGGAAGGAUGGAAGAGAUUCAUCAUAAACUGCUAUCUGCUUAUUGCCAAAUCAAAUCAGAAUCAAGGAGUUCGGCUAAAUCUUUUGAACUGAAUUGCACCGAGAUUGAAGCGAAUGUCAGAGAAACUGGGGACAUCAGCAGGCUUGAAGAUCCAGAGGCUCCAGGAAACGCAUCUGCUCGACUUCCUUGA